AGAUGGACGAAAAAAGCGUAUUYACACCAAGAAUCUUCUUCUGGACUUUUGACACCUUCGUGACAUGCGAUAACGUUUAGGCCUACGUGAUUGGCAUGUACGGUACUUGGUACCCUUCUGGUUCGCUUGAGAAGGRUUUGUUUCCUACUGUUACACUCGUACUCGUCCUACGUGAAGUUUGAUCUACUUCUUACUUCAAUAUCUGGCACGUUUUGCACAAGAGUAGUGAAACAAUCUUUCUCAACAGAAGAUCUCAUUUCAGUAUUUCUYCACGAAGGAAUUUGCAAAUCGGGUCAUCGUCAUAACUCUGCUUUCAAGAAAUUUCAAAACGAAAAACAAUGGACAUCGAAAAACAAUUCUCCGAUCUCUUGCAAUCUGUCGAAUCUCUAAAGGCAGAUAGUGUCAAUGAGAUUCGCAAAUUGCGCGUAGAAAAUGAGAAGCUUAAGGAGCAGCUAAAAGUCUUCUCUGGUGGAAGGAAGCAGAAGAGGAUGACGACAGCGAACGCAGGCUUUGCGGAAUGGGCACAGGCAGAUUUUGUCCGCAUGGCCAAAAACACGGACGCACUUCAUGGAAUGGACAACGUCGAAGUAGCUGAUGGCGAAGAUGGAAUGGUUCUAACAGACAGUGUCGCCUUCGAUCCUGAGAAGAGCUCGUAUGCCAGCGGUUAUGACUACAAGUAUCUUUCGGCGAAAGAAGUUCUAAUCACUUUGCAUGAUGUAGGAGAUAACAAUGUAAACAUCGAUGCUGGCCCUGGGAUGUGGGCGAACUACAUUCUUUCCAAGGAACGGAACAGUACUUUGAAAUGCGUGGACAAAGCGAAGCUUCUAAAGGAAGGUAAGUAUUACCACGUGAAGAGUAUCAGAGAGGGCCUCGAUAUUGAUACACUCGUGGCUUAUUGCAAGGAGAGGAAUAUCAAAGCGAUCUGUCCUACCAGUGUUUCCGACGAAAUCUACCUCGCGACGCACAACAAGGUUUUGCGUGGACAGGGUAUCUACCCUUUCUGCUGCGAAGAUCCCCAGAGCUAUAAAACGCUCGACCACAAAUGGCUCUCAUACCUAUUCUGCGAAGAGAAUGGAAUUCCACAGGCAAAAACUCUGCCCCUUCGUGUGGACACCGUUGAUGCCUGUCGUGAGCUUGUUGCAGAGACUUGCGCCGCCGGCAAACCCGUUUUCGUCAAGGAAUGCUUUGACACGUGUGCUGGAGACGGCGUCAUCAAGGUUGAUAAAAUUGAAGAGUACGACGAUGCUGUUGAGCGCAUCACCAAGGGAAGAGGACCGCAACCAGCUGAUACAUCUGGUAUUGACCAACAUAUCAUUGUUCAGGCUGGUCAUCCGGGAAGGAUUGCUUGCUGUCAUAAUGUUUUCUACAAAGGCAACUUGGUGUCGCUUUACAUUACCAAGGAGAAUAUGAAAAUCAUGGACAAGCUUGGAGAGCUUCGUUGGGAUAUGACUAUUGGAACUUGGAGUACCAAAACGGAUGAUUUGUCGACAUCACUUAAGCUCGAGCUCGACGAUCCAUGUGACAGACUUAUCCGAGACCAAGCAAUCACGAUCAUGAAAAAGGUAGGCAAAGCCCUAAACUACACCGGUAUGUGCGAAGUUGAAUUUAUUUGCGAACAUUCUCCAGAUGCGAUCUUGAAUGUGCUAGAGUUCAACCCUCGCUUCAGCGGAGCAUGCCAUUCAUUUGUUGGUGCAGGAAUGGUACAAGACUACAUGCAUGUUAUUGGGCUGAUGGUCAACACCAACGACGAUACAGACAAGGUUAUUGCCGAGAAAGCAGGUACCUUCCAUGCGCGAUCUGACACGCAUUUGCCGAAGUCGAACUUCAGAGAUUACAACACUCUCAAGUUUUACAUGCCACAGCUUGCAACUAUUGCCAAGUUGGGCAAGAUUUAAACGUUCCAUGCGUAGUAUUUCUGCGAGGUCAUAAUAUAUUUGUUCCGAUCAAGAUAKUCCAAGUUUCUGCAACAUUCUUUCAAAUGUGUCGUACGGCAUGCCUUCAACUAUCGCUGUCUAUUCGUUCAUAAGUAUAUGAAUCAUAGUUUUUUAAAAGUAAUCAAUAUAUUUUUCCGUU